CCGGGCGGCGUGUUGUCAUCGGCGCGGCGACGGCCGGCCCGGGGCGUCCAGUUUCGGUUUAGUCCUGACUGGAAUCGGCGGCGGCGGUGGAAAUGGGGGUCCCCAAGUUCUACCGCUGGAUCUCGGAGCGGUACCCCUGCCUCAGCGAGGUGGUGAAGGAGCACCAGAUUCCAGAAUUUGACAAUUUGUACCUGGACAUGAACGGAAUUAUACAUCAGUGUUCCCACCCUAACGACGAUGACGUGCACUUCAGGAUUUCCGAUGAUAAAAUCUUUACUGAUAUUUUCCACUACUUGGAAGUGCUGUUUCGAAUUAUUAAACCUAGGAAAGUGUUUUUUAUGGCUGUUGAUGGUGUGGCUCCUCGAGCAAAAAUGAAUCAGCAACGAGGGAGGCGAUUCAGGUCAGCCAAGGAAGCAGAAGACAAAAUCAAAAAGGCCUUAGAGAAGGGAGAAACUCUUCCAACAGAGGCCAGAUUUGAUUCCAACUGCAUUACACCAGGGACUGAAUUCAUGGCCAGGUUGCAUGAACAUCUGAAGUAUUUUGUAAAUAUGAAAAUUUCCACAGACAAGUCAUGGCAAGGAGUUACCAUCUACUUCUCAGGCCAUGAGACUCCUGGAGAAGGAGAGCAUAAAAUCAUGGAAUUUAUCAGAUCCGAGAAAGCAAAGCCAGAUCAUGAUCCAAACACCAGACACUGUCUUUAUGGUUUAGAUGCUGACUUGAUCAUGCUUGGAUUAACAAGUCAUGAGGCACACUUCUCUCUCUUACGAGAAGAGGUUCGAUUUGGUGGCAAGAAAACACAGAGGGUAUGUGCGCCAGAAGAAACCACAUUUCACCUCCUACACUUGUCUCUGAUGAGAGAAUAUAUUGACUAUGAGUUCUCAGUAUUAAAAGAAAAAAUCACAUUUAAAUAUGAUAUUGAAAGAGUUAUAGAUGAUUGGAUUUUGAUGGGAUUUCUUGUUGGCAAUGAUUUUAUCCCUCAUCUACCUCAUUUACAUAUUAAUCAUGAUGCACUCCCUCUUCUUUAUGGAACAUACAUUACCAUUCUGCCAGAACUCGGAGGUUAUAUUAAUGAAAAUGGGCAUCUCAAUUUACCUCGGUUUGAGAAAUACUUAGUGAAACUAUCAGACUUUGAUCGAGAACACUUCAGUGAAGUUUUCGUGGACCUGAAGUGGUUCGAAAGCAAAGUUGGUAACAAGUACCUCAAUGAAGCAGCAGGCAUUGCGGCUGAAGAAGCCAAAAACUAUAAGGAAAAGAAAAAAUCAAAGGGCCAGGAAAAUUCUCUGUGCUGGGCUGCUUUAGACAAAAAUGAAAGCCAAGUGGUAGCUUCUAAGGAUAAUUUAGAAGAUGAAACCGAAGAUGAUGAUCUAUUUGAAACUGAAUUUAGACAAUAUAAAAGAACAUAUUACAUGACAAAGAUGGGAGUUGAUGUAGUCUCUGACGACUUUCUGGCUGCCCAGGCUGCAUGUUAUGUUCAGGCAAUCCAGUGGAUUUUGCACUACUACUACCAUGGAGUUCAAUCGUGGAGCUGGUAUUACCCAUACCAUUAUGCACCUUUUCUGUCUGAUAUCCGCAACAUCAGUGCACUCAAAAUCCACUUUGAACUUGGAAAACCAUUCAAGCCAUUUGAGCAGCUACUUGCGGUCCUUCCAGCAGCUAGCAAAAGUCUGCUUCCUACAUGCUACCAGCACUUGAUGACUAAUGAAGACUCACCAAUUAUAGAAUAUUACCCCCCUGAUUUUAAAACUGAUCUAAAUGGAAAACAACAGGAAUGGGAAGCUGUGGUUUUAAUACCUUUCAUUGAUGAGAAGCGGUUAUUAGAAGCCAUGGAAACAUGUAACCACUCCCUCAAGAAGGAAGAGAGGAAAAGAAACCAACACAGCGAAUGUCUAAUGUGUUGGUAUGAUAAAGACACAGAGUUCACCUAUUCCUCUCCAUGGCCAGAAAAGUUCCCUGACAUAGAGCGAUGUUGUACAAGGUAUGAAAUCAUAUCUUUAGAUGCUUGGCGUAUAGACAUAAACAAGAACAAAAUAACCAAUGUUGACCAGAAGGCAUUGUAUUUCUGUGGAUUCCCUACUCUGAAACACAUCAAACAUAAAUUUUUCUUGAAGAAAAGUGGUGUUCAGGUAUUUCAGCAAAGCAGUCGUGGAGAAAACAUGAUGUUGGAAAUCUUUGUUGAUGCAGAAUCAGAUGAGCCUAGUAUAGAAAAUGUAGCUUCAUCGGUGCUUGGAAAGUCUGUCUUUGUUAAUUGGCCCCACCUUGAAGAAGCUAGAGUUGUGGCUGUAUCAGAUGGCGAAAUUAAGUUUUACUUGGAAGAACCUCCAGGAACGCAGAAGGUUUAUUUGGGAAGAACUCCUCCACCAUCUAAAGUUGUUCAUCUUGGAGAUAAAGAACAGUCUAACUGGACUAAAGAAGUACAAGGCAUUUCAGACCAAUACCUGAGAAGAAAAGGAAUAAUAAUAAAUGAAACAUUUGCCCUUGUAUAUGCUCAGUUACUUACAGGCCGUAAAUAUCAAGUAAAUCAAAAUGGUGAAGUUCGUCUAGAAAAACAAUGGUCAAAACAAGUUCUUCCUUUUGUUUAUCAAACUCUUGUAAAGGAUAUCCGAGCUUUUGACUCUCGUUUCUCUAGUAUCAAAACGUUGGAUGAUUUGUUUCCUAUAAGAAGUACGGUCUUUAUGCUAGGAACUCCUUACUAUGGCUGCACUGGGGAAGUCCAGGACUCGGGUGAUGUGAUUGCAGAAGGUAGGAUUCGAGUGGUUUUCAGCAUCCCGUGUGAGCCCAACCUUGAGGCUCUAAUACAGAACCAGCACAAAUAUUCUAUAAAGUACAACCCAGGAUAUGUAUUGGCCAGUCGCCUUGGAGUGAGUGGAUACCUUGUUUCAAGGUUUACAGGAAGUAUUUUUAUUGGAAGAGGAUCUAGGAGAAACCCUCAUGGAGACCAUAAAGCAAAUGUGGGUUUAAAUCUCAAAUUCAACAAAAAAAAUGAAGAGGUGCCUGGCUAUACCAAGAAAGUUGGGAGCGAGUGGAUGUAUUCAUCUGCAGCAGAGCAACUUCUCGCUGAGUACCUAGAGAGAGCUCCAGAACUAUUUAGUUACAUAGCUAAAAAUAGCCAAGAGGACGUGUUCUACGAGGAUGAUAUUUGGCCUGGAGAAGAAGAGAAUGGUGCUGAGAAAGUUCAAGAGAUUACUACCUGGCUAAAAGGACAUCCUGUCAGCACUUUGUCUCGUUCUUCUUGUGAUUUGCAAAUUCUGGAUGCAGCCAUUGUUGAGAAAAUUGAGGAGGAAGUUGAAAAAUGCAAGCAAAGGAAGAGUAACAAGAAAGUGCGAGUGACAGUGAAGCCCCAUUUGUUAUACAGACCUUUAGAACAGCAGCAUGGAGUCAUUCCUGAUCGAGAUGCAGAAUUUCGUCUCUUUGACCGUGUGGUAAACGUGAGAGAGAAUUUUUCAGUUCCCGUUGGCCUUCGUGGCACCAUCAUAGGAAUUAAAGGGGCUAAUAGAGAAGCUGAUAUACUGUUUGAAGUAUUAUUUGAUGAAGAAUUUUAUGGAGGCCUAACAAUAAGGUGCUCACCUGGUAGAGGUUACCGGCUGCCAACAAGUGCCUUGGUGAACCUUUCUCAUGGGAACCGUUCUGAAACUGGAAACCAGAAGUUGACAGCUAUUGUGAAACCACAGCCAGCUGUGAAUCAGUGUAGCUCAAAUUCAUCUAUUUCAUCCGGGCAUUUGGGAGGCCUCAACCAUUCUCCUCAAUCACUUUUUGUUCCUACUCAAGUACCUGCCAAAGACGAUGAUGAAUUUUCUAAUAUUUGGCAGUCCUUACAAGGAUCUGGAAAAAUUCAGCACUUCCAGCCAGUUCUUCAAGAGAAGGGUACAGUUCUACCUCAAGAAAUAAGUCAAGUAACUCAGCAGCAUAAAUCUGGCUUCAGUGACAGCAAUGUUAAAUAUCAGCAAAGAAAACAUGACCCUCACCGAAAAUUUAAAGAAGAAUGUAGGAGUCCUAAAGCUGAAUGUCGCUCACAAAAAAUGUCCAGUAAACAGACCUUUGGAGGUUCUGCUAAAUGUAAUAAUAUCAAGCUGUUGAAGAGAAAUGAAAGUCCAGGAGUCACAGAAACCCAAAAGCCUAGUUCCGGAAUGGAGAACUUUUUAGCAUCUUUGAAUAUCUCUAAAGAAAAUGAAGUGCAGUCAUCUCAUCACGGAGAGCCUCCCAGUGAAGAGCAUUUGUCACCACAGUCCUUUGCCAUGAAGGGAACACGGAUGCUCAAAGAAAUUUUGAAAAUUGAUGGCUCAGAUAGCAUGGACCGUACAAAUGAGCUGAAACAGUUUGGCAGUGAAGCUGCUAGUUCCUCUAGUAGAAAAGAUGAAUAUGGACUGUCUUCCCAGACUAAACAAAAUAAGAAAUCGGCACCCUACACACACAAGCCUCCCAGCGCUAACGAGUACCAGAGUGUUCCGUCUGUGGACGGCGUGUGCUGGUCUGGCCAGAUCCCUCCUGUAUCCACUCCAGUAACUGAACUUUCUCGAAUCUGUUCCCUUGUUGGAAUGCCACAACCAGACUUCUCCUUUCUGAGAACACCUCAGACAAUGACAGUUUGCCAAGUAAAAUUAUCGAACGGCUUGCUAGUCCUUGGGCCACAGUGCCCCUCUGAAAAUGAAGCCAAGGAGAAAGCUGCACUUUUUGCAUUACAACAGCUGGGCUCCCUAGGAGUGAAUUUUCCUUUUCCUCCACCAAUAUUUCCAAAUUAUCCUCCUGCUGUUCCACCUGGAACCAUUCCUCCAGUUUAUCCCCAGCCGACUGGCUGGGAUCACUAUGGAAGCAACUUAGCAUUUGGGGCAGCAGCUGCCAUGAUGCCUCCAUCCUCGCAUCUUCUUGGCUCGGUGCCGUGGCGACCACCGGUGCCGGCUCCCGGGAGGCCCUUCCACCCCACUUCCUACUCGGGGACCGUGCCUGGGGCCGGAGGCCUGCCAGGCAGCACGCACAACCAGUUCAUACCUCUGCAGGUCACUAAAAAAAGAGUAGCAAACAAAAAGACCUUUGAGAAUAAGGAGGCCCAGAGUUCUCAAGCUGCCUCACUUGCGCCUAGCAAGCCAGGUUCCUCUGAGGUGACCAAAGUGGUUCCACAGGAAAGCUCCUCGGCCUCGCUGCAGUCCUCCCAGGCUGCACAGCCCGUGUCUCCGCAGGCGGAAGCUGCCACCCCAGCACCCAGCAGGGCUCCCCAGAAGUCCGCACCCAGCUCCUCUGCACGAAGAAAGUCACGGAAACUGGCUGUCAAUUUUGGCAUUUCUAAACCUUCUGAAUAAAUUUGGUACCUGGGAAUCAAAUUAAUUCCUUUCCAUCCACCUUUUUACAAAUCCAUACCUGUUUCAUAAAUGUACUAUUUUAAAAUGAUAUGUUUAAAUUGAAUAGUUUUUAUUUUUAAGUCGUCAGGCACUUUUCAUGCUAUUUUAAAGACUAUAGAUCAAAUUGUGCACUUUAAGUAUGUGCAGUUUGUUGUACGUCAUUUAUACCUCAAUAAAGCUGUGAGAGAGAGAGAGAGACUAAAUUAAACCUUACAUUAAAAUCAGUACCAGGGGGCUGAACCUGAACAUGUACCCGUACCCAUGGGCCUCCUCGGCAGCAGCAUUCUUCAACUAUGACUCAGAGAUCAUAUUAGCAAUAAUAACAAACUGCUAAACACUGUCGUUGACGGGAAAUGAAACGGAGCAUGAACGCGGGGCCUCAGGUCCCCUGAACGCAGUUUACUGCUCUUUGUAAUGGCGGAACAGAAUGAAGAGAGUGGCUGUCACUCUCCCGCUGUGCGCUCACUGCUUGAGGGUCCCUCGGACCUGCUGCCACCGGCUCAUACUUGUCUUGGACUGGCUCACACGGGCGGUGCUGCUUGCUGCCCUUGCUUUACUCUUAAGUCUCCUACCAAAGCAACUUUAGAGUACCAGUCAGUACUCAUCUAACUGCUUAGGACUGGAAGGAGAAAUCUAGAAUUGAGGCCAUGCCAUUUUUUUUAGAUUACUCAAGAACCAGCAUUAGUAAUUUUUAUAAAAUCAGGUUUCAAAAAUUUACAGGGUACAGUGAUGACAAAUUAAUCUUCAGUUGGAUAAAGUAUAAAAUGUUCAUCAUGCCAAUUAAAAUAAAUUUUGUUGAUCUUU